UGGUGUUUUGUGGUGAUGGAAUUAGAAACAUUGAAUGGCAGGGCCUUUUGGGGGAGGCAACGGUAUCAGCUGGAACAGGAAAAGCGCAAGGACCUGAGUCUGGAUCCUCAAAGGAAUCAUCAUCAUCAUCAGCAACGACAACAACAACAGCAACAGCAUCAUCCUCCUCAUCACCAUCAGCAUCAAAAUCCAAUUCUUAAUUCAAGUCAUAUAGGAGUAGUAGGGGAGGAGGAGAAGGAGAGAGCUACCCAAAACCAACAAGAAACUUCUUUUUCCCACCGUCAUCAAUAUCUACAAGAAACCCAAUCCCAACAACAGCAAGGCCAACGUUUGUAUGCAAGUCUGGACAGACAAGUAAUUCAACAGCAGGAACAAGAGUCCCCACAACCAGCCAAGAAACGCACUUAUUUCGCAUCCUCUUCUUCUUCAGCUUUUGGUUCAAAAUCAACCGAACAUGCAAGAACAAUGGGAGAUAGCCACCACCAAGCUGCAACAUCGUCAAGACUGGGGAUAAGGCACACUGGAGGCGAGAUCGUUGAGGUGCAAGGAGGUCACAUUGUUCGGUCAACUGGAAGAAAAGACCGUCACAGUAAAGUUUGCACCGCUAAAGGUCCACGAGACCGUCGUGUCCGUCUCUCAGCUCACACCGCCAUCCAGUUCUACGACGUCCAGGACCGCCUCGGCUACGACCGCCCUAGCAAAGCUGUCGAUUGGCUUAUCAGAAAGGCCAAACCUGCCAUCGACGAGCUCGCUGAACUACCUCCCUGGAAUCCAGAAAUUUUGACUACAUCGACUUCAGUAACAAAACCAAAUAACCAAGACGACCAAAACACGACGACAACGGCAAACAAUGAUAAACCCUAUCAGUUUGACAUCCACCCCAGUGGAAACCUGGUGGAAAACCUUGCUGCUGGGUCUAGUACUCGCAGAAGAACGGCUACAAUAAUGGGAAACGAAGUUCAAAGUCUUCAGCAACAAGACAUGGGAGAUAACCCGAAUAAUACUUCGGGUUUUAUUCCACCUUCUUUAGUUUCUGAUGAGAUUGCGGAUACAAUUAAGUCUUUUUUCCCAUUGGGAGCUUCAAGUGCGACGCCGUCUUCUUCUAUACAGUUUCAGAAUUAUCCACCAGAUUUGUUGUCCAGGACCAGCAGCCAAAGUCAAGAUCUGCGGCUUUCGCUUCAGUCAUUUACGGAGCCAAUUCUUUUGCAGCACCACCAUCACCAAGCUGCUACAGCUCAGGCACAACAUAGUGAACCUGUUUUAUUCUCUGGAACCAGCCCAUUAGGUGGUUUUGAUGGGUCGUCUGCGGGAUGGGAGCACCACCACCAACAUCCGGCAGAGAUUGGAAGGUUUCAGAGAUUGGUUGCUUGGAAUAAUAGUGGAGGUGCUGUUGAUACUGGUAAUGGCAGUGGCGGUGGUGCUGGUGGCGGAGUAGGAGGAUUUAUCUUUGGCACUCCACCACCACAGGCGCUGCCACCGUCUUUUGGCCAAAACAGCCAGUUGUUUUCUCAGAGGGGACCCCUUCAGUCCAGUAACACGCCCAUGGUUCAUGCUUGGAUAGACCAGCCAAUUUCUGCAACCGACGAACACCAACACCACCACCACCAUCAUCGUCAUCACCAUCAAAUUCCACAAACUAUCCAUCAUCAAGCUGCGUUAUCUGGCAUUGGAUUCACCACAUCCGGUGUAUUCUCUGGAUUUCGCAUUCCAGCACGAAUUCAGGGCGAAGAAGAGGAGCACGACAGCAUUGCCAAUAAGCUGUCCUCUGCUUCCUCUGAUUCUCACCAUUGAUCGAGUAAAUUGGAGAAAAAGCCAAAGUCUUUGCCCUCUGGCAGUGGUCUUUCAGGACUAGUUGAUUGUUGACUGUGAAGUCGAUGAAGAGCUGACAUGAUGUAUUCAAGACCAGUUUGAGGGAAGAUUUUUGUCACCUUGAAUCAAUGGCCUAUGCCGUGGGAAGAAGAAAUCUGGGUGGAUUUCAGGUUAUUCGAUCCCCGGUUUGUUUAGUUUCUAUCAGUUGAUUGUGUUGUAGCUUUAAUUUUAUAUUUGAGUGGGCUCUUAGAGCUCAACUAUGGCUUCUCUUUCUGUUGUACUGUUCAUGCGAUUCAUGUUACUAGACUUUUUGUUUGUGA